CUCAAGUGACCCUCCCGAAGUGGGAAGGAGCACCUUGCUCUUCCGCGGGGCCGUGAAAUCGGAGCUCAGCGCCGAGCCCGCGUGGGCUGGAGCCGGCUCGGCCGCGCAAGGGUUAAAUCCGGCUGCUCGUCCGGGUCUCGGGGGCCUCCCACUCGACAGCGCAGAGUAUGAAUAGCUGCGCUCCCCUCUGCUCCCAGGCACUCGCUUCCCUCCCCGCCUUCCCGCUCCGCCUCGCGUUCUCCCCGCGUCCUCGGCAUCCCCCGGCAGCGCCCAUGCUGAGCACCGAGAGCUUCGCGGGGCCGAGAGCCCUGGGAGAGGAAUCGCUGCAGAUGUGGGACCUCAACAAGCGGCUGGAGGCGUACCUGGCCCGCGUGAAGUUCCUGGAGGAGGAGAACGAGGUGCUGCGAGCUGAAAUCCAGAGCGCCAAGGGCAGCCCGGCCGGGGACUCGUGGCGGGCGAAGUACGAGGAGGAGCUGCGAGCCCUGCGGGAUGCGCUGGAUGUCGCCUUCAGGGAGAAGUGCACGGCCGAGCUGGCCAGGGACAACCUCUACGAGGAGGUGCAGCAGGUGAAGAGCAGGUGCCAGAAGGAGCAGGCGGCCCGAGAAGAAGCUAAGAAGCAGCUGGCCUUGAGCAGGAAGGAGCUGGAGGAGGAGAGGAGAGCGCAGAUCUGGCUGAAGGAGAGAGCUGUGCAGCUGGAGAAGGAGGUGGAAGCCUUGCUGGAGGUGCACGAGGAGGAGAAAGCGGGGCUGGACCAGGAGAUCGCCACUUUCUCCCACAGCCUGGAGAGUUUCCGCUGCGCCCCGGUGGCUUUCCAGCCGGUGGAGGUGGAGGAUUACUCCAAGAGACUCUCGGAGAUCUGGGAAGAGGGGGCAGCGAGAGGCAGCCGGGGGCAGGGGAGGGCUGGCCGAGGCACGGAGCGGCUCCCGCCCGCUCACGGCUGCCCCUCGCUCUUUGCAGAUCUCAGACUGGAGGUGAGCAAAGCGGUGCCAGCGAGCCCCGAGGCCAGGCGGCUGCUGCCCCGAGAGCCCUGCAGCACCUUCCCCCGGCUAAAAAGCGACGCCCCGACACCCCAAAGCGCCAGGGAGCUCCAGAAAGUCACCUCAGCCCUCUGUGGCAGCGCUACCGGCCGGGCUGGGGGGCCGGCAGCCCCCACACCCAGCCCCCCCCAGGCAGGCAAAGCCUCCCCUCCCCUCUCCCCGGAGCCCCCCAGCCCCUGCCCGCCGGAGCCGCAGAGCUCUGGGGGAGAGGGUCCCGCCUGGCCGGGAGGAGAUGAGGCAGCGACGAGCCGAGGGACGGAGCGUCCCCUGUCCGGAGCCUCGGGGGACAGUGGCAGUGCCAGCGCCCUGGGAGCCGCGCACAGGCUGCGGUACCCGGCCCAGCUGGUCAGCGAGGCGCUGGAGGACGCGCUCAAGGCGAUGGGAGAGGAUGCUCAGCCCCAAGAGGAGCCCACGGCCGGCUCCGCGUGGGCCCCCCGGGAUGUCUGCGCCCCCAGCCCCGUUCUCGCCCCAGAGGGCUGCGGAGAGGCUGUGUCGGAGCGGCCCGGGGACGGGCAGGAGCCCUCGGAGGGCUCUGAGGAUGGGGAGAGCCCCGAGGCGGAGCAGAGGCUUGGGGAGGUGAUGCUCCGGGGGCUGGCUGGGGACAGCAGCGUCCUGCAGGGCAGAGCUCCAUCCCCACCGGGCGCGGCCGCUCCCCUGAGUGCCUCGGGGAGCCGGGAAGAUCUGGGAGCGUGGGAGGAGGAAGAGGAGGAGGAAGAGGAGGAGGUACCUGCUGUGCUGAGCCCAAGGGAUCCAGAAGUGGAGGCCCAGGAAGGGGACAAGGAUCUCCCUGGACGGACAGAGACCAGCUGGGAAAAGCCAGAGGAGGAGAGAGCAGAGAGCCCAAGCACAGAGCCUUCCCACCCCGAGGAGGAGGAGGAGGAGGAGGAGAGGGCACCCUGCAGCCCCUGUGAGGAGAAGGGAGAUUUCCAGGAGGAAGGAACAGACGCUCAAGAAGAGGAGCGUCCACACAGAGAAGUGGAAGCUGCUCGUGCUGUCCUUGUGGGAAGCCACCUGGUUUUGCCCACAGAAGGUCACCUGGAAGAGGACUUUGCUGAUGCAGAGCAGGAAAAGUCUGAGCAGCAGAAAAUGCCCCUGUGGGAGAUGGAUCUGGCUGCAGGGAAGGAAAGGGAACAGGAGCUGUGUCCAGAGCAGGAGCCCUCGAGUGCCCAUGAGGCCAUCCCAGCAGAGGAGCCUCCCACAGGAGCUGCAGAAGAUGCUGAGGCAGGGGAGGACACAGGCAGAGUGGAAGAGGCUGAGGGAGAAAAGGGAGAGGCCAGCAGGGAGGUGCUGGGAGGAGAGGAUCAUGGGGUGGGACAGGACCCCACGGCAGGGGAGGACCCUGAGGCAGGAGAAGAUCUUGGGGCAGAAGAAGGAGAACACCAUGGGGCAGGAGAAGGCUCCGAGGCAGGAGGAGAUCCUGGGCCAGGGGAGGAUCUGGCAGGUGACACCCUGGAGGGGGACAGCAGAGCCCCAGAGGAGCCUGAGGAGCUGCAGGAAAGAGAGGGGAAGGAACAGGAGCAGCUGGAGCCAGGAGAGCAGCCCUGGGGACAGGGCGGGGAUGGCAGUGACCAAGAGCCCUGCCCAGAGGACUGGGAGGUGACAGCAGGGGACACUGAGGCAGUGCUGGGGCCAGAAGAGCCAGCCUGGACGGAUGACACCCCGAGCAGUGCAGGAAGGCUGCAAAGCGAGGGCAGAGAUGGCCCACGGCCAGCAGAGCUGGAGGAGGCCCAGGAAGAUGAUGAAGAAGAUGCCAAGAGCCAGGAGAUGAGGCAGCAGCGGGCGCUGCCAGAGGCUGAGCCAGCAGCAGAGCUGGCACAGCAGCAGCAGGGCAGCGCGGCAGAGCCCGAGCCAGCCCCUCCAGGUGCCCCUGGGCACGGGGACGGGCAGGAGCUGGCUGAGGCUCCAGAGCAGCCACGGGAGCUGCAGGAUGAGGACACGGCUGAGGGGCUCAGCCCAGAGCUGGGGCAGCUGGAGAGCUCAGAGCUGGGGGCACUGGGGCAGGGGCCAGGUGACAGCAGCGAGUGGGCUUUGGAGGAGACCCCCAGAGACCCCGAGCUCACAGAGCUGGGGGCACUGAGGCAGGGGCCAGGUGCCAGUGGUGAGUGGGCAUUGGAGGAGACCCCCGGAGACCCUGAGCCCACAGAGCUGGGGCAGCUGGAGAGCUCAGAGCUGGGGGCACUGAGGCAGGUGCCAGGUGACAGCAGCGAGUGGGCUUUGGAGGAGACCCCCAGAGACCCCGAGCUCACAGAGCUGGGGCAGCUGGGGCUGGUGCCAGGUGCCAGUGGUGAGUGGGCAUUGGAGGAGACCCCCAGAGACCCCGAGCCCACAGAGCUGGGGCAGCUGGAGAGCUCAGAGCUGGGGGCACUGGGGCAGGGGCCAGGUGACAGCAGCGAGUGGGCAUUGGAGGAGACCCCCAGAGACCCUGAGCCCACAGAGCUGGGGGCACUGAGGCAGGGGCCAGGUGACAGCGGCAAGUGGGCGUUGGAGGAGACCCCCGGAGACCCUGAGCCCACAGAGUUUGGGGAGCUGGAGAGCUCAGAGCUGGGGGCACUGGGGCAGGGGCCAGGUGACAGCAGCGAGUGGGCAUUGGAGGAGACCCCCAGAGACCCUGAGCCCACAGAGGGCACCGGCAGGAGGGUGGAGCUGGAGGACACACUGCCAGACAGCACGCCCCUGCACCUCUACCAAGGGGAGAGCCCAAAGCCUCCAGAGAGCGAGGAGACCACGGAGACAGCGCCUGGGGGUGACGCAGCUCGGGAGGGCGAAGCGUGGCUGGAGGGGAGGGACAAGCCACCAACUCCCAGCAGGCCAGAGAGCCCUGAAGAGGAGGCAGAGGGGGCUGAGGAGGAGGAGGAAGGUUAUUUCAUGGUCUCUGCUCCCAACCAAGAGGUGUCCAGCUCAGAGGAAGCUGAGAUGCCUGAGGACUUUGAAGAAAUUAAAGUGGAAGCAGCUGAAGGUGGCCGGGAAGAUCUGGGGGCUCCUGGAGAAGCAUCUCCAGGGCCAGAGGGCAAAGAGCACCUCGAGGGGCUUGCUGCAGAAGCAGAUGAGGACAUGGAGAUGCCCACUGAAGAACCUGAGGUGCCAAAGGAUGAGGAGGACACUGCUGAGCUGGAGGAAGGCCCAGAAGAAGAUGCCAGCUGUCUCGGGGUGACGGGACCAGCAGCAGGAGGUUCUGCUGAGCCAGCCCAGGGACCAGAGCACCCAGAAGGUCUGGCUGCUGAACCAGAUGAGGAGCUCCACGACACACCCAAGCUGGAGGGGGAGGCCAGUGGAGCAGCAACGCUCCCAGGCUGCACGCUGGGGUUGGCAGGGCAGGAGGAGGAGGAGGAAGAUGAGGAUGAGCCCAGCACGGCUCUCCAUGACACAGCCAAGGCCACAGCAGAGCCUGAUGGAGCUGAGCAGCCUCUGGAGGAGCAGCCACCCGCGGAGGAGGAAGCAGUGGGCAGUGAGAGCCCUCCUUCAGCUGGGGCCAGCCCACCUCAGCCGGGCUCUGCCCUGGGGCAGGGAGCUUUUCCAGAGGUGACUCCAGACGGCCCUGCUCUCCCUGCCGAGGUGCCGGCGGACGUCAUGAGAGACUCGGGCAUUUUGGAAAUCGUUGAGCAAGCCCUGGAGUUCAACCAGGAGCUGAUGGGGGCCAGGGUGGCAGAGGCUGGGCAGGGUCCGGGCAGGGCCGAGCUCUCCCGGGAUGCAGGGGAGGACUCCUCGCUCGCCUCAUCCAGCGAGGAGGAGCCGACGGUGCAGGAGGCCCCGGAGGUGGAGGGAACGGCCCGGGCUGAGAACGGGCUGCACCGGGAGGCCAGCCUGGAGGAGCUGGCUGAGUUCAGCGAGGAGGUGCCCAACGGCCUCAGCAGCACAGCCCCGGCACAGGAGCUCCCCACAGACACCACAGAGCCCUCGGGGGUGAUGCCACCGCAAGCCCCCACCCCCGGAGAUGGCACCGCCACCAAGUUGGGGGACGGCACCCUGAGGAGCAAGCGGCUCAGCCCCGUGCCCGCUGCUCUGGGGGAGGAUGUGCUGUGCCUCACGGCCCAGCAGCCACCAGCGUGUGGGCUGAGGGCUGAGCAGGAGCCCUGGUCCUCAGGGGACGAGUGACAGCAGCCGGGGACAACCUUCUGGUAGCCCCCUUCCUGCCAAAACCCAGUGGCCUCCCCUUGUCCCACCCCCGUCCUGAUGCUUCCCCACCUCCCUGUGGUUUUUAACGUUUGUGUGGAUUUUUUUGCACCCCUUUUCAGAGUGAAGAACCACCAGGUUGUGUUGCCCCCCCCCCACAGCCCACCCAAAUUCGCAUGCUCGCUCUGGGACCCCCCGCUUCAUUUUGAGUUUCCCCCUGGGUGGGUUGCCGUGGCUGUAUUUAAUUUAAACUCUGUUUUUCCCCAUUCCCUGCCAUCUUCCCUCUCCAACACCUCCAGUAUUUGCCCCGGGACGUCCAGCUGGAGGUUAGGUAGCCCCUCCCAAACUGCACCCUGGGACUCAGCGUUUUGGGGUACAUCACCCCAGGGUCCCCCAGCCCCAACCUGACGCCGGGGGCUGAGCCACGCUGGAUGUGCCCACUGCCUCGUUAAUUUAAUAAAGCUCAUCCUCCCA